AAUGCUUGCUUAUCAAUACAACAUUAAUCGUAACAGCAAUAAUUGUUAUUUUAUUAAUCAUAAUUAUUGUUUUAACAUUUCAGUAUUUCCUGCGGGCAUUCUACAACCGCGUUUUUACUCUCAACACUUUCCGAAAUCUUUGAAUUAUGGCGGCAUUGGUGUAGUAAUCGGUCAUGAGAUCACCCAUGGUUUUGACGAUAAAGGUCGUCAAUUUGACAAAGAUGGUAAUUUGAUGCAAUGGUGGAACAAUGCUACUAUUAAGGCGUUUCGCGAAAGAGCGCAAUGUAUCGUGGACCAGUAUUCUAGAUAUAAAUUGCAGGAAGUAAAUCUGUACAUCAACGGUAGGAUGACUCAAGGGGAAAAUAUUGCCGACAAUGGUGGUCUCAAGCAGGCUUUUAGGGCUUACAAGAAAUGGGUUUCUAUUCACGGUGAGGAACCGCUGUUACCAGGAGUGAACCUUACACAUGAUCAAUUAUUCUUCCUCAACUAUGCACAAAUCUGGUGUGGAUCUAUGAGACCAGAGGAAGCUCUUACGAAGAUUCGUAGCAGCGUGCAUUCGCCCGGGUCAAUACGAGUGCUAGGUCCUUUGUCAAAUAGCGAAGACUUUGCUAAGGCUUUCAACUGUCCGUUAGGUUCACCAAUGAAUCCCAAGAAAAAAUGCAAUGUUUGGUAGUUCGCGUUUGCUUUGAUGAUAUAUGAAAUAUAUCGUCUUAAUAUAAUCAAAAUUGUAAAUUAAGAAGGGAGAAUUACAGAGACUAAAAGUUUUCAAACCUCUCUGGAAUUGAAAUCCGUGUCCUUUGAUCGUUCAUUUAGCGUUAAAUAACGUCAAAUAAUAAUCAAAUAAAUAACGUCAGUCAUUAUGCUGUGUGUUUAUGUGUGCAUACAAGGUGUCCGGCGAUGACCGAAUCCGCCAUCAAAUUUAGAUAGAGCGAGGCUAACUGUGUCAAAAAGUCUCAUAUUAUUUUGCACAAUUUACAAUAGUUUUCGAAUAAUAAAUAAAAACAUCUGGGUAAAUGAGCGCACGAUAAACAGUAGGCUCAACUCAGCAGACAUUAAAUAGCUUAACCACAUAAUAAGAAUUCUUCGAUGUCGCCAGCGAUAAUUAACAUGUCAGUGUUUUUUUUAC